CAGACUUCUGGGCUUUCAGAUACCAAAUUAGCCCCUUUGCGCCAUCAUGGCAGGCCAAAGGCUGGCCAGCAAACUACAGGAGGAUGUGACCUGCCCCAUCUGCAUGGAAAUUCUACAGGAUCCUGUCACCAUUGACUGUGGGCACAACUUCUGCCUGCAAUGCAUCAAUCAGGUUGCGAAAACUGCAGAAAAACUCCUUUGUCCCCUCUGCAAACUCUCCGUGAGUAAGGACACGUUCCGGCCCAAUAAGCUGUUGGCUAGUCUUGCAGAGAAAAUCCAGGCUAUGGAUCCUGCUGAGAUCCAACCAGAAGGAGACGAGCCAAGAUGUCGGAUUCAUAAGGAAAAGCUCCAUUACUUCUGUGAGAAGGACAUGGAGUUCCUCUGUGUGGUGUGUCGUGACACCAAGGACCACAAAUCCCACGAUAUCACCUUGAUAGAUGAGGCUGCCCAGAACUACAAGGCGCAGAUUGAGUCACAGGUCCAGGAUUUGGGGCAAAAGGACAAGGAAAUAAUUGAAGAGAAAAAGCGAGGUGAAGGGGCAAUCCAGGUGUUCAGGGCUCAGGUGCAUCUCGAGAAACUAAAGAUUCUUGAGGAAUUCAAGCACCUGCGUCAGCGACUGGAAGAGGAAGAGAGUUUCCUCCUGUCCAGGCUGGGCUGGCUGGAGCAGGAGGGAGCCAAGCAGCUGGAACAGUAUGUCGCUGUGACUAAUGAGCAGCUUAUCUCCCUCAGAAAACUCUCAAAGUCCCUGAAAAAUAAGUUGCAAGUGCCAUCCUUGGAGCUACUGGAGGACAUCAACGACACCUUGAGCAGGAGUAAGGAAUUUCAGUUUCUCAAACCAACCCCACUACCUGCGGACCUGGAGAAAAAAAUCAGUGAAGCAAAAGCACGAUAUGUGUCCAUCACAGAAAGCCUGAAGGAAUUAAAAGACAACCUGAAGACUGAAGGGAAGAAAGAUAAAAGUGCAUUCCUCGAAAGCCUGCAUAUAAAGGAAAUGGAGAGAUGGCACCUGUUACAGAAGAAUUAUUCAGAUUUGCCCACCUCAGUCCCUACGACCCUGGACACAGCCUCAGCUGACCCAAGCCUCACCUUUUCUCAGGAUCUAAAGAAAGCGACUUUAUACCUCAUGGGAGGCACUUCGAAAAAGCAGGCAAAACCUCGACCAUUCUACCCUUUCUACUGUGCAAGGGGUUUCCCAGGCCUCUCCUCAGGCUGUAGGGUGUGGGAGGUGGAAAUCCAGGGGCCAUCAGGUGAGGCUGGCAUGGUGGGCGUGGCCAACGAGUUGGCUCUGAGGUCCCAGAGUCAGAACUUCAGAGCCCCGAGCUGCUUGUGGGCACUACGAAUCUCGUCUUCUGGAUGUCAGCCGUUCACCAACUGCAAAGCCCUGGAGAAUCUCUACACCCAUGUUAAGAAAGUGGGCGUCUUCGUGGAUUAUGACCGUGGAGAAGUCACCUUCUAUGAUGCCAUCACUAAGAAACACAUCUACACCUUCCAAACCUCUUUUGACAGACAGGUCUUCCCCAUUUUGGGGCUCCGAGAUGUCCGCUCCUCUAUCACCCUGAGCCCCUAGGGCUGCUCCGCUGUGGGUUCCUCAAUCUCUUCCCCACCUAUCCCUCAUGACUGAAUGAGAUGCAAGUGGCAGAACUGAAGCUUGGGCCUACUGGGGCACCCUACACACCCUACACACACCCCUUUCCCUGAGUAGAGAAGACAGUGGAAUACCCCAAACACUAAACACAAGGCUCUUCAUCGCGGCACUUUGUGAAAGGACACGAUUGGAAGUAGUCAAACUUCAUCAACAGGCCUUUGGAAAACAUCUGACCGUACCCUGCUUGAGACGCAGGUCUAAGGCAAUGCCCGGCACCCUGGUUGCCCCUUUCUCCACUUCACUGCCUCUAAAUUUGAGCAUCUGAUGCUCAUUCUUUCCUGAAGUCUGAGAUCCAGGGGCUACAUACAGAGUCAGCCAGGCCUGUGCCAAUUAACUGUAGAUGAGGACAGGCUACAAUCAGGGCUGUAACCCUUUGACAUUUCAAAGCAAUGUUGUCACC